UUGACACUCAUAAAAUCGAUCAAGUGUCAAACCCAAACGAGAACACCCACUAACAGUAACAUCAAUAUCAUCAACAAAAGCAACACCAAAAACGCCAUGUCAUCCAACAGCAAUUCAUCCGCCUCUGAGCUUGCCGUUUACGCCAACCUCGUAUCCUACAAGUACGAUGGAGAUAGCAAGACCCACAGCGCCAACCGUGGUGGAGAUGCCAACGACAUGUCCGUCUACGGCAAUGCCGUCAAGGUCUCCCUCCACGGACUACCCGUAGCAGGCCUCACCGACGACGAUGACGACUCCAGUGUGGUCAACGACGGACGUCUGCUCGUCAAAGACCCGCAGGUGGUCGCUGCACAAGAAGAAGACGUCAAGGACGAGCAGAGCAUUUCAGUGGACGAAAGCCAACUGCUGUCGACCCGCAAGGCCUUUGCUCCGUGCACGGACCCCAAUUCCAUCAUCAAGGUGUCCUUGGAUCAUCGUCAUGGCUUCCUCGGACGUCGCGGGAACGUUCGCGUACUGGAUUCUGCCGGCAAGCCCUUCGCCGGCGGCGUCCAUCUGAAAGAGUUCCAGCGUCAUUUGCUCCGCCCCAGUUACUUGCUGCGGACAGCCAACAAGACACCGGUCGCUUUGUGUGUCCAGCAAAAUGCACAAACAGGAUCGUCGACCAAGGUCUUCAACAUCUACUCUACUCGCCAAGGUGUCACCGCUGACGUGACCAAAGUGGUCCAUGUUGCCGGUGUUAGCUACUACCCGGCAUACCGAGUUGAAUUGGCCUCUGCGGCGAGCGAUUGCGUUGUUUCCACAUGGACCGGCAAAGAAUCGGUGCCCAUCUGGGAGCUGAGAACCGAUGCGAAUACUGUGACGAUCCAAGAAAUCAAUGUAGGCCGCAUACUCGGAAGUAUCGAGCAACACGAGGGUUUGAAGACUGGCUGCGACAUUGUCUUGAACGCCGGUGUUGACCCAGCACUCGUCUUAUGCGUCGGUACCAUCUUGGAAGCAAGCUGUACUGCCGUGAAAGCGUAGGCUUUUCAGUCAAGUGUCUCACAAAAGGUGAUACCGUGAAGCCCUCUUAUCUGUAUGUCGUUGACGUUGUCUCUCAAUACAACCCCGUCUUAAUCCCCUUCGUAUCAUAAAUCCUUAAUCCAGAAAUUUACAGUAGAUCCAUGUUGUAUGAAGAGUCUGUUUACGGUAAUGUUUUGAAACGAGUAUCUGAGUAGAGGCGCUGAAGCCAAUCAUUUGCAAAGCGGAUACCGUGGAGUCACGGGCAUUCCGUUUUGGAUUAUGUCACUAGACGGACGUGUCUGCUCUGUGGGAACUCGCCACAACAACGCCUUGGUUGACAUUUUUCCUCUCAUUUAUUGUGAAAUACAAAAUCCGGCCCCUCCAAAGGCAACGGUACGCUCUCUGUUCAAAUGGUUGCUGUGUACACCUACUCCACGCCAGUGUUCAGGUCCACAACCUCUGUAAACAAAGUUCUUAUGUUAAUGUGAUACAUGCCCAUUUGGUAAAAAUUCUGCUAGCCACGCUAAUCAUUCCUAAAUCGGUCUACAGAUCGACUUCUUACAUUGAUGAUAAAAAAAGAUUUCGGUUUGGCGAGUGGCAAGCUUUGGUAUGAACCAGACCGUACUUCAUUUACACGCAUUACAAUGGUAACACUUUCAUUCGGAGGUCGUUAGGUGAUGCGCUCGGGUAUGUUCAUAGUCAUGAAUUUCCUUCGAGACAUCAGCCGUUUUUUCCGCCGCAUUUUGAUGCAAGAGCUCUAUCUUGGUCAAGAGCCCGGACGGAUACGACGAGACCAACUGGUGAUAUUCGUGAGCUUGCAGAAAUUUGCUCAUCAAGGGUGAUCCGUGGUAGAAAAAGUCGGCAACCCGAGGCGCUGUUGGUGGAGAGAGCGGCGCUUUCCCAAAUAGACGGGCAAAAACGCGGAAUUUGCCUUUCGGGGCAGGUUCGGAUGAGCAUUCGUGCGCUACGCACUCUUCGGCUUGGAGGACGUCUUUCCACGGUUGAUCCAUUUUCUCUCGCAGCUCGCCAGUCAUUGCUUUCAAUUUCGCCCAAAUAGGAGCUUGUUCGUCCAUCAGAUCUUUUACAUGUCUAUCAAAUUCCUCGACCGACCAGCUUCCGUGUGCGACAUGAUUCUUUCCUUCGUUCCAGAGCUGCUGAUCUUCACACCAAAGUUUCUCGGAUGCGUCGGCCAGCCGGUGUAUGUGGUCGAGCUCUCUUUCCAUGAGAUGGUUCCACACAUGGAGAACGUGUUGAGCAUGCUGUACACAUUCGGGCACACCCGUUUGGGGCUGUUUAGCUAUAGGAUGCGCUUUUUUUGUGUUGGUGUACCCUUGUCUCGCGGGCGAGUCGACGGUUGUAUCCUUUGCGUUCGAUACCAUGGGAUCCGCAUUCGUUUCGGGUUGAGCCAAAGGGGUUUCGUAGGCAAAGGUACUCAUUGGUGUACUAUCGGUGUGGGUGGACAUGGCAGGCAUAACGUCG